UCUGGUAUUUGGUAGCGUUUAUUAUGAGCUUAAACAUGUUAUAGUGCUUUCAAACAGAAGUGGACUCCGCACAAAUUGGAAUACUGUAUUUCGUAAUUAGACGGGUAUAUGUCAUAGAAAAUGAACCCAUAAAUGUUUGGUUUUCCAAUGAUUUUGCAAUAUCGAUCAACGCAAUUAACUGAAGUUCUAGUAAUAUCAUCUCUCGUGGGACGAGUUGCCGGACAGGUCGAAAAUACAGGGAAUACAUUUUAUCAAUAUAGGUGUAUACAGGUUUUGCGGUUAGCUAAUUACAAUAAAUAAUAUUUGCACAGAUUUAGAUGACAUUCGUGUACAUACAAGUUUGUCUUACCACGGUCAUUUCGUUCGGCUUGAUCGUCUUCAAAGUUAAGUCGCAGAACAAAUGACAGGGAAAAACACCUGAAGGCAGAAGACUAUAUUACAAAAACAGUGGGAAUUGAAUCGAUCUUAAACAACCGAUCGUCCGCAGAGCUUACUUCUGGAGUUGUUAUUGCUUAAGUGCAUUCGUUGGGAAGCCAUGUGAUCGCUAAGUUCGAGACCAAUAGUGGAAUUAUUGCUUUUGCUUAAAUACUUAAUGAACACUGCAUGACUUUAUUGUCUUUAGGAAUUACUAUUCCGGAAUAGCUGUACCUUGAAGCGUGUACAAACUUUCAUGUGCGAGAGGUGAUCUGGUUAUAUCAACAAACUACUUAUUGAAAUGAACUUUAGUAUUUACAGAAAAUGAUCGAUAUGUAAAACAAAUAGUUCGGCCAAUUCUCUUGUUUUGCGACGACAACACUAUGUGAAAGGUGUGAUAAAAGACAUGUUAAGCUGGAUAAGAUCUGUGUCUACGCGUUUGAACAGGAAGUUUAGGAGAAACCGGGACGAAUCGCUGCCAUUUAACACAGAGGACAUGUCGAGGUUGAAUUCUGUGAGUCCGCGGUGCCUACACAAGAAUGACAAGCGUCUGAUCCAGAUCCUCCUGGCAGCCGCGUGCUUCUCGGUGUUUCUCCAGAAGACUAUUGUCGAGGUUGACCCCUCCAUCGCCAUCAGGAGAUCUGAGGCGAUCAUGAAUGCUCGCGUUUUCUUCACCCCAAACCACACCGCAGACGUUGGGGACCAUGACACCACCGUCGUGACCGCUUUCUUCGACAUUGGCCCCUACGUGACGCGUAACAAGUUCUUCCAGUUCGCAGAAAGAUUCGAGUUUCUGGAAAACCCAUUAAUUGUGUUCACAGAUUCGGAACCAUUUGCCACUCAUAUGCAAAGAAUUAGAAACAGUACUGUUCACAGGACUAGAAUUGUUAUUAUUGACAGAAACUCAUCCUGGGCUUUUAAGUUAAAAGACUCUGUAGAAAACAUUUUCAGCAACAACAUGUUUCCGAAGUCCCUUCCUAACACGGAAACUGCUGACUACGCAUGCGCACAAUUUGCAAAAUAUGACGUCUUAGCACGUGCGGCACGUGACAACUUUUUCAAUUCAAAAUAUUUUGCAUGGGUAGAUAUUGACUAUUUCAGAGAACGCGAAUUGUCAGCAAAAUUCUAUUUAACUCGUCCACCGGAUUUCAAUGAAAAUCAGGUCGCUGUGACGCUGAUAAAUUCAACAUUGACGAUGUCAGCACAACCAGAAAUGAUAUUCAAAAAUAGCUUAGUAUGGGUCGAAGGAGGUUUGACAUUUGGAAAACAGAAAGUAAUACUGAAGUUUGAGAAAACAUUCAAAUCUGCAGUGAAGUAUUUUAUAUCUAAGGGACUUGCAAAUACGGACCAGCAAGUCACAUACGCAAUGUAUUCAAAAGAGGGACGACGGACAUUAAAUCCAGAUGUUCAGUUGCAAAUCUACAGACCAUUUUCAGAGGGAUCUUGGUAUUAUCUUGGCGAACUUAUGACGCACGAAAUGAGCUGAAGUUCACCCUUAAAACGUUUAUAUUGUUCAUGACUUCGUGUUCAGUUCUUUGUCUGCAGUUUCAAAUGGAAUAAGUGUUCAGUAGAUUUUUUUCCGGUAUAUAUGGUGCUAUUUAGAUGACUCGAUUCUCAUUAUUAUAUAUUGUUAUAUGAUACAUGUAUUAUUUUAGCAAUGCAAAAGGAUAAUUGAUUUUGAGAUGUGCCGUUUUAAGAUAGAUUUUAGUUCCUGUUUCAGAAAUUAAAAAAAAUCAAAAGCGUGAUAUUUAACUUAGAAUAGUGACAGUAAUAAUAAAAAUGAGUUCGGUUAAAACAAAAUUUUGAUCAUAAUUCCAUUUGACCUUUUUUAAUAUCAUGAUUUAGCUAUAUCCUAUUAAAUAGAAGUAGUUGUAGUAAUAGAAGAAUAUAUGAUACUAUUUUACAGUAUAUUUCAUUAAAAUGUUUAAUGCUUAUAUCAACAAUGCUAUUCAAAAACUAUGUUUUGAUUUAAUAGUCUAUAGUAUGGCGUUAUAUGUAAUUAUUGUAUAUACGAAACAACCUUAUAUUUGGUGUCUCAAAGACCCAUCAGAUCGGGAGCCUUUGUAAAUAUGUUGUAAUUAUGUUGGAAUUGCACUUGUCAACCUAAUAAAACAAAACUAACUUGCUUAUAAUACACAUUUUAAACCGUAUAGUCAAUUUAGUAUAUUCGUGUAGUUCGCUAGUCCAAAUAUGUUAUAUUUAAUAUAGUAUGACAUACGUUUAAAGCUGCAUUCUCACAGAUAGACAGUUUUGAAAACUUUUUAUAUUAUUUAUUGUUUGUCUUGGAAUGAGCCAAUUGUCUGACAGUGUUAUGAGAUUGUUGACAAAAGAUCAGUUGAUGUUCGAAAAAUGAUGUUUUAUGGCGCUAAAACUUUUAGAAAAAUGAUUUUUUUCUGCAGUUUUUUCAAUCAAUUGUGAAAAACCCAAUUGUUCGUUAUGUUAUAUGACUAAAUUGAAUGCAUUUAUGCCAAAAUCAGCUGAUUCUGAGAUAAAACUUACAAGAAAAGUCAAAACUGUCAAUUUGUGCAGGUUCAAGUACCGUUGUUUAAUUGCUUAUAUAAAAUAAAUUGUAAAUGUUU